AUGAAGGAAGCGGACGGUGAUGGCGAGCACGACGACGAUGACGUUCAAGGCACCGCUGGUGAAACCUCGGAUGAUCCCAUGGAGAUCGUCCGCACGGAUGGUGCGCUGGUGAACGCGUACGAGGCGACGAACAUGGUUAAAUCGGCGCUCGUUGCUGAAUUCGAACGCCGAGGGGAAAAAUUGAUCGAGCUCGAGCGCGAGGCGCACGCGUUGAAACAGAAAACGAAGAGCGCGGAAUCACUGUUAGCGGCGACGACGGCGGAGGUGGAGUCUUUGCGCGAGAUGAAGUCAGAUCAUGAAAAGAGCAAGGUUGCGAUGCGAGAGGAACUCGCCGAGGAGCGACAGGCGAACAUGUUGGCGCUCGAGCGCGAGGUCGGACGCGCGUGCGAGGCAGAAUCGCGCGUUAAAACGUUAGCCGAAGAGUUGUCCGCGAUGAAAGAAACUUUGGCUGCGAUCGAACGCGAACGUGCGGAGGAUUCCGCUGAAGACGACGCCGAGCGCUAUCCGAGCGAUUUCGCGGAGAAAAACGCCGAGUUGGAGUACUCCGUCGCGUGUUUACAGGACGAAGUUUCGAAUCUUAAGAAGGAAAAUGUGUCUUUACAAGCACGCUUUCAAACGGUCGAGGCUGAGCGCGUGGAGGUGACGACGCGCGCGGAGCAAGCCGAAGAGGCGCUUCGCGAGUGCGAAUCCUUGGUGGCGCAGGCGGAAGCCACGGUGCUGGACAUUAGAAGAGAAGCGGAUGACGCCAAGCUCGCGCGAGGCGCGGAUGGCGACGAAGAAUCGAGUAAGAUUAUCGAAGACUUACGAGGGAUGAACAGGACUUUACAAGAAGAGCUCAGAGUCGCGACUCGAGAAGCGGCGGAGGUGAAGACGUUGCGUCGCAAAGCUGAGUUCGCGGCGACGUGCGAAGAGCGCGCCAUGGCUGCGGAAUCGCGCGCGCUUCGCGCCGAGGCGAGCGUGAUCGAUACGUCAUCUUUACAAGCACGACUUUCAAAGCUCGAGUAUCUCGAAAACGAUUGGGCGUCAGUCAUCGAUCGUUUGUCGCCGGGGAGCGUAAAGGUGCCGUCAGAUCUCGUCGAGCGCGUCAUCUCGCUCGAGACGCGUCUCACGUCGCAGACUGGCGAACAAGGAAAGAUGAUGUCCGAUCUUGCGCAAGCUCAAAUGAAAGAAACUGCGGCUACGCGUCGGGCCACCGAGGCCGAGGAAAAGUAUCAGAAAAUUGAAUCCAGCGCCUCAAGCGCCGUCGAGGCGCUCGCCGUGGCGGAGCGUCAAAUCGCGAUGAUGAAGGGGCAAGUCGAGAGCUUGAAUAGAAUCGUUAAGUCCUACGAAGACGAAGGUAACGCCGCGGCGGCAAGGAAAUCGACUGAAAAGGAGAAAUCCAAGGCUGCGUCCGAUCGUGCGAUGAAGGAGCUCGAAAAGCUACUCGCCCACGCGAAGGAACGAAUCGCCGUGCUCGACGGCGAGUUGAGCGAAGCCAAGACGCGAGCCGAAACCGCCGAAGCCGCCGCGACAGCCGCGGCCGCGGCGUUGCCGGUGGAGAACCCAGUGACUCUUGCGCGCAUCGAAACGCUCGAACGCGAGCGCGAAGAGCUGUUAGAGCGACUGAAAAGAGAGAGCGCACAGGAAGAUGACUCUAAAGCCUUGAAGGUGCUUCACUUCAAAUCCAACCCCGUCGCCUCGGCGAUGCGAAGCGCGUUGGAAAAAGAAGUCGAAUCGCUGCGAAGCGAAGCCGCUGGCUUGCGUGAGGCGUUGUCCAAGUUACAACAAGGUUCGGUAAGCUCCGCGAGCGAGGCCGACAUGACCGUGAUGAAGCGAAAAUUGGAAGAUUUGCAAAAGCGCGAACAGCGCCUGAUGACUGUGUUCAAGCGUCAAAUCUCCGCCUUUCGCGAGGCGUGCCACAAAAUCUUUGGCUACAAGAUUGAAAUGAACGAAGACGCCGGCGCGUGUACGUUCACGCUCACUUCCGAUUACGCCACUAACCCCACCGACGCCUUCGCGUUCAAGUACGACGAUAAAUCCAGCACGGUAUCGCUCAAAGAAACCCCCUUCGUCGCCGCGCCGGAGAUUCGGCGCAGCGUCGAAACCUUCGUCACGCGCAUGCGUUCCAUCCCAGCCUUCAUCGCCAACCACACCAUCGAGACCUUCAAUCAACGCGACGACGACGUCGACGUCGACGACGACGGCGUCGACGCCAUGGACGCGUGA